CUUACUGGAUUAUGUCAAAUUAGUACUUUCUAUGCUAGAUCUGCCCCUAGCUCACAACCUAUGGUCAGCAAAUACUAUAAAUUGAUUAUAAUCAUACUUACUAAAUCCAUCAUUCAUAGAGAGAAGUUAAGGGAGCUAGAUAGAGAAAGAGAAAAAUAUAGCCAUUAAUGGAGGCAAAGAAGAAGACCAUUAGUGUACUCAUGUUACCCUGGCUAGCCCAUGGUCACAUAAAUCCAUUUCUAGAGCUAGCCAAAAAGCUUGCAAAUAGGACCUUCCACAUUUACAUGUGUUCUACUCUUGUAAACCUUAACUCCAUCAAGAAAAGAGUCAUAGAGAAGUAUUCUCAGUCAAUAGAAUUAGUUGAGCUUCAUCUUCCAUCUUUGCCAGAUCUUCCUCCUCAUUACCACACCACAAAUGGCCUCCCACCCCAUCUCAUGGACACUCUCAAAACAGCUUUUGAAAUGGCCGCUCCAAAGUUUACCAAAAUAUUACAAAGUCUAAAUCCUGACUUAGUCAUUCAUGACUACAAUCAGCCUUGGGUUACUGAUUCGGCGUCCUCUCUGAACAUUCCUGCUGUGCAGUUCCCCACUUUUAGUGCAACUGUUGUUGCUUUGGCCAUCCAUAUGUCUGAAAACACAGAAGAGAAGUUCCCAUUUCCUGAAAUUUACCUGCACCAAUACGAAAUGCUUUCAUUGAAGAAAGAUAUUGAUGAAGCACCACGUAGGAAGUUCCCAUUUGACCAGGCUCUUAGGCGAUCGCACGACAUUAUUCUGGUAAAAACUUGCAGAGAGUUUGAAGGGAAAUAUAUGGAUCAUCUUUCAAAUUUGGUUUCCAAGAAAAUAGUCCCCGUUGGUUCACUAGUUCAAGAAUCCAUUGACCGAGAUGACCAUGAUGAGGAAAUCACACAAUGGCUUGACAAGAAAGAAAAAUAUUCAACUGUGUUUGUUUCAUUUGGGAGUGAGUAUUUUCUAUCUAAUGAGCAGAUACACGCAGUAGCUGAAGGACUAGAGCUUAGCAAAGUGAACUUCAUUUGGGUCAUUAGGUUUCCACAAGGUGAAAAAAUUAUUUUUCAAGAUGCAUUACCAGAAGGGUUUCUUCAAAAGGUAGGAGAAAGAGGAAUGGUUAUGGAGGGAUGGGCCCCUCAAGCAACAAUUCUUCAACACCCAUCGAUAGGUGGGUUCGUGAGUCACUGUGGAUGGAGUUCUUUCAUGGAAAGUAUGAAGUUUGGUGUGCCCAUAAUUGCCAUGCCAAUGCACAUUGACCAACCAAUGAAUGCUAGACUUGUGGAGUAUAUUGGGAUGGGAGUGGAAGCAGUGAGGGACGAGAAUGGAAAGUUACAAAGUGAAGAAAUUGCAAAGGUGAUAAGGAAAGUGGUAGCAGACGAAAGUGGGGAGGCUGUGAGGAAGAAAAUUAAGGAACUGAGUGAGAAGAUGAAUAUGAAAGGGGAUGAGGAGAUAGAUGGUGUGGUGGAAGAGCUGAUGGCUCUUUGUAGCAACAAAUGAUUAGCAAUAAUUAAGCUUUCAGUUAUAUCUAUACUGAAAUUUUUAUGCCAUCAGUGAAACUUGACUACUGUAGCAAGUUAUUUAUCAUCCUUACCUAUACUGAACUUUUAUGCUAUCAGUGAAACUUGACUACUGUAGCAAGUUA